AUGGUUUCUGAGAGCUUUGAUGGUGAUACUGGACAAUUGAUAGCGCGAUCCGACCUCGCGGACACGAAACUCGCAGCACUUGUCUCUGGUCACCUGGUCAAUUGCGUAGCUCUGGUUCCUUCCACCCUGUAUGCUGAUAUGGCCCUGACUAUGGGACAGUACAUGUACCAGAAGUUGAGACCAAAUGACGAAAUACCAGGAAUGAACGUUUGUGACAUGGAGGUCUUCAAGCCCCUCGUUGCACUGCGGCGUCCAACACACAGUGGUCAGCAUAUCGAAGUUGAGUCAACCGCAAACCUCCAACUUGGCGGAAUUCGUUACUUGUUCCGAACUGUUUCUUCCACCGGCAUUCUCCUGGCCGACCAUGGUACCUGUAUGCUGAAGUUCGAAAAUGUGAACGCCUGGCUCGAUACUUGGAAGAUCAAUCAGUACAUGGUACAAGGCCAAGUCGAUCAACUGCAGCGGAAGCUUGAAAAUGAAAAGGCUCAUAAAGUGCUCCAAGGUCUGGCGUACAAGCUGUUUUCGGCUUUGGUCACUUAUGAUAAGAAGUAUCAAGGAAUGCGGGAGGUCACCUUGGAUGCGAAAGAGACCGAGGGAUCCGCUCAAAUUGCUUUUCAGGCUGAUGAGACAAACGGAGCAUUUUUCUGCUCGCCAUACUGGAUUGACAGUUUAUGUCACAUUAGUGGCUUCGUCGUGAACGCUACGGAUCUCAUCGACUCCGCUACGGAUGUUUACAUUUCCCACGGCUGGAAGAGCAUGCGUUUCGCGCGUCCGUUCUCGGCUGGCAAGCAAUACCGGUCGUAUGUUCGCAUGCAGUCUCGGCCGAAGAACAUUAAAAUGGGUGAUGUUUAUAUAUUCGAGGGCGGUGAUAUCGUUGGCAAGGUUGGAGGUGUCAAAUUUCAGCAGAUUCCUCGCAAGCUGCUCAACACUUUUCUUCCUGGGCCAAGUGUUAUCUCAGGUCAACGACCAGAAAUAUUGCAGAAGCCUACGGCACGCGCAAUAGUCCCCAAAUCUCAGCGCGCUCAAAUAUCCACAUCUGAGCCAACCCAAACCCUCGCCUUGAGGGCUUCAGACAUCGUUGCAAGCGAGACUGGCGUUGAACGAUCGGAAUUGGUAGCCGAUACUGCAUUCGAUAACCUUGGCAUUGAUUCGUUAAUGUCCAUCUCGAUGGCUGCUAGAUUCCACAGCGAACUUGGAGUUGAAUUGUCAACAUCGAUGUUUACAGAUUUUACGACCAUUGGCGACGUCUUGGAAUUCUUCGGCGUCCACGAUCGCCUAUCUGGCAACGCUGAACAGCAUUUUCCCUCCGGGUCUUCAUCUUCACAUACGAUAAAGCCCUCCUCAAUCAACGAUGAAGUUAUUGCAACUCCACAGUCUGGGUUGAGUCUUGAGGGAUUGUCCCUGGAUUCCGGUAAUGUGAGUGGCGUUCGGGAGAUCAUUUCGCGGGAGAUGGAUAUUGAUCCUACAGAGCUAGCGGAUGAUACUGACCUGUCUACCAUGGGAAUGGAUUCCCUCAUGAAUUUGACUAUAAUGGCAGCUCUUCAGGAGAAGUAUGGGGUCGAACUUCCUUCGAUGCUGCUGGUAGAAAGUCCUACCAUCAAGGAUAUCGAACUUGCAAUGGGCUUUCGAAGUCUACCCAUUCUCUCACAACAGCCUACCCAGCACAGAUACGUAGCUAAGCCAGGCUCACAAGAAGUUCCACUCAAAAAGCACAUAUCGAAUGCUUCGAGCUCUGGACCCAGUAAAGUUUUGUCCGACUUGUCGCAGUGCCCAACCUGCAACUUCUAUUCUGCUUCAAGGCAAUCCCAAGAAUUCGAGUAA